AUGCCUAAAAGCUGCUGUGCGGUUGGAUGUUCAAACCAUAACAUGAUGGGGAAGAAAUUUUCAUUCUUUACCUUCCCGAAACAUCCUGAACGUUGGAAAAAGUGGGUCAACAGUGUGAAGAGAGUGAAUCCGGACGGUUCGGAUUGGAGGCCAAGCAAGCUUACAGUCCUUUGUAGCGAACACUUCUUAAGUGGGAGACCCAGUACCGAUCCUACGCAUCCUGACUUCAUUCCCUCCAUCUUCAAGCACAUCAAAACUGACUCCAAAUCAUCAGAGUCCAAGCUCCGGAGAUUUGCUGCUGCCUCAAAGAGAAAACUUCACGUCCCUUCACAAACUCCACCCAAGAAGAGGUUCCCUGCAGAGUUACCGAGCUUGUUCUGGAACUGA